UUGUAAUUACGUUCAUUUUAUAAUUGUAAUCGUAGAUAAAGAUUAGUUUGUAUGGAAGAAGAUAUGUAAUCUACGUUACUUACAUACUUCGAUUAAGAUAUCUGUAUAUUUAAUGCUAUCAUGUUCCGUAAUUAUUGCCACACACCUUUUAAAAUAUAGUUGUACACGUGAUGGUAUUUUAGAUUUCAAGAUGUUUUAUACAAUUUCAUAUUAUAGGAUCAAGUAUAAAUUGGCUUUCUACUUAGCCUUCAAAAAUAGUUUUGAGCUAAAUACAUCUAUAAUAAUCUAAUAAUAGUAUAAUAACAUUGCUGUUUAGUUAGAAAUUUUGAAAUUUUACAAAAUCUUUGUAAAUCUGACGAAACCUCAUGUACUCAAAAUAUUAACAUUUUUUGAUAAUAUUUAAUAGUGAUAUGCUUUUUACGACACAUUAUGAAUAUCACUAGGAAUAUGGGCUUAACUUUGAAUAAAAUAAGCACCAUUAAAAAACAAUUAUUUUCACCUAAAUAUUUACUUUAUACGAACGUAGCGAUAUCCAUUUCUCUUUCUGCUGCAGGAGAUAUUCUAGAACAGCACUAUGAAAUAUUGAAGCAUGAAUGGGAUAAGUGGAGUUUAAAUAGAACUAGGAAUAUGGCUCUGUCUGGUAUGUCUGUUGGUGUAGUAUGUCAUUAUUGGUAUAAAUAUUUGGAUGCCAAGUAUCCAGGUCGUACGAUUAGCCUUGUUUUAAAAAAAGUUGUUAUAGAUCAAUUAGUUUGUUCUCCGCUUUGUAUAACAAUGUUUUUUGUAACAUUAGGUAUCUUAGAAAAAAGUAAUUGGUCCGAACUAAAAACUGAAAUUAUUAACAAAGCACAUAAAUUAUAUAUAGCGGAAUGGAUUGUCUGGCCACCAGCACAAAUUUUUAAUUUUUAUUUUCUGCCAACUAGGUACAGAGUUCUUUAUGAUAACACUAUAUCCCUUGGUUAUGAUGUUUACACUAGUCAAGUGAAACACGAUAAUCCAAAAUGCAAUCAAAAAAAUGCUAAACUUUGACAAAUUCUAUUUG